GCAGGGAGGGAGGGAGCUGGCAUGGGGCUCACUGAGCUCAGCAAACUUGCUUCUUGUUCCUUCGCUCUUCAGCGGAAGUCUGCCUCCAGCACGCUCGCAGUUUAGCGUCUGAAAUGCACUUGACUGGACUCUGCGGGUCUUCAUCAUCCUGUGAAGUCAUGGCUCUGCGUCUGCAUUUACCGACUGUGCGUCACUGAACGGAUCCAGCGGGCUUUUUCUUGGAGAGACUUUGGACCUAAAUGACUUUCAUUUGUCUUUGACUUACAUUGGACUUAAUGAUGGAGCAUUUAUUUUACCUGCUUACCUUCUUACUAGCCCGUGUGUGUUCGGGUCUGGGAUACGCGGAGUCUACAGUUCCAGCGGGUCAGAGAGCGGCGAGCAGGCACAGGAACUGGUGCGCUUAUGUGGUGACGCGCACGGUUAGCUGCGUGAUGGAGGAUGGCGUGGAGACGUACAUCAAGCCGGACUACCAGCGCUGUGCCUGGGGACAGUGUCCUCGAGUAGCCUAUCGGACGUACAGGAGACCGAGAUAUAAAGUAGCUUACAAGAUGUGA